UGAAAUGCUCAUUUUAUGCAAACCAAAUUCAAAUAACACUUAAUAAAAAAUAUAUUUGCAUAGAAAGAAAUCAACAAAAUAAAAUAUUUGAAUUAAAAGAGAGAACAUACGACGUGGUACGACGCAGCGGCGCGAAAGCAUGUUCAUGUUUCACGCGACAAAUCUCCUAAACAACCAAGCCAAGCAAAAGCAUAUUCCAAGACGGAGCCUGCCAUAGACCUGCCAUAGUCCCAGAAAUUCGCGAAACUCACCAACUGUCAUUAACUUGAAGAAGAGCCUGGUCCAGGCUGACGUCAGAUGAGCAGCCAAUCGGACUUCGUUAUCAACUGAGUACUUACGGAUGGUAGAGAGACACUGAGCACACGAUCGCAAAGCAACUCGGCAGUUGUAGUGCCCACCUUGAUGACGUUACAAGUCAGCAUCUUGUAUUUCGAGAGUGUUUGUGCGAAAAGUGUUUUGUGCGACAUAGCCCAGCUAGCCCAGCAACACGUUGAUGAGUAUUCAGUGCUUCUUGUAAGUCGUCCAGAAACAGAGAGAGAGAGAGAGAGAGAGAGAGAGAGAGAGAGAGAGAGAGAGAGAGAGAGAGAGAUCUUUGUAGGUUGAUGGGUCUCCUUGAAUUUUUGCUAACAAUCCAUGAUAAUUUAAAUUACUUAAUUCGCGAUAGAAUUCAUGUUCGGCUAUCUCUGGUGAUUCGCAUAGGAAGAACAUGAUAUCUUCCUUUUUCUUUGGCCUAACUCUUUUUUUCUUAAUUUCAGAUACAGUCUCAAGCUCUUCCUCUGCAGAUAGUUCUAAGCUAGGUUUCUCCGGGUUCACAGUCUCUUGUGCUUCAGAAAAGAUCAAAUCAGAGUUUUCAAUCUCAUUUACUGAUUUUAUUGCAAAGUCUUUAUAUGUCUUACUUUUAACAAAUUUUACAUGUUUACUACCGUACAGGUUAUUUUUAUCAGACAUAAGGACUGUGUGUCCAGUACUAACGUAGCCUACAAGAAAACUUCUCAUCGCUUAAGGGGACACAACACCUUUAAAUCCUAAAAAAAAAAAGAAUUAUGAGUAAAAAUGACGAAAUUAAAGUAAACGAUUUGAAAUUUUGUUCAAUGAUAUUUAGUAUAAAUACCUUUAAAUUUGCCAUGCUAAAACCUAAAUUCUACUACCUAACUUCACCUAAAAUCUCUCGCGGGGUCUCUCCCUCUCCGAUUUUUGGUCGUUGCGGUGGGCGUACCACCUUGUUCUGACUUCUUGACCGUGGCGUUUUUCUCUAAUUGGUUCUCUUUGCGGGGGUGAGUCCCUUCCUUUGGGUGUCCCUUUAAAAGGCCCCAGGACUGCUCAUUCCGCACUCAGUUUCUCGCCUUCUGCUCCUCCGUGAUCUUCCUACCUGUUCGAGAUGUUCGCCUCAGUAGUGCUUUGUGCUGGUGUCCUGGUUCGGUUUGCGCGAGCCGUGAUCUCUACUCUGGCUCCGAUCUUCGAUCCAGUGGUUCGUGUCCUUAGUUGGCAUCGUCCUGCCUGGGUCCCAUUGAAGCCUGUAGGUUGGGCCUACCGUCAGGUCCCUGUUACACCACCGCCCUCUCCGGCUUCUGACUUUGAGGACUUCCCGGAGGAAGAGUCCCCUUUGUUCACUCUACCUUGCCAUACGCAGACUCCCUGGUGGAUUGACAUCGGGUCUUUUUGCCCCUUAUGCCGUCAGCCGCGCCACACUCUUCCGACCAUCGAGCGGGAGUACUACCGUGAGACAGGUUCGUCUUUGAUUCCCGGUCCCCUGUUGUUCGGGACUCCUUCUCCGACUCCUGGAUUGAAUGUCACCACGAGUUCUGGGAGGAUCACGCGGCCUGUAGGAUCUGCUCGAUCUGCCGUUGCCGCCUUGAUGAUCCACCCCACAAGAUGCGUCUCCGGGGCAAGGGCAACUGGAUCCGCAUUCCCGGCCAUAAGUGCUGUCCAGCGACGAGCGACGCCGACUUGUUUUGAGAUUUUUUGUAAUUGCGUUCUACGUGUGAUCAUAAUGUAUUUUGUACUUCGUGCUGUUUUAUAUUUUCGUAAGGAUACUCCUGUUCGUUGAUGUAUAAAUAAACAAACAAAUAAAUAAAUAUAUACGUAUAGAAAAGGAA